AGCAACCUAGAGCCCUGGCUGUGGGGGGUGGGGUGGGGGCUGACUCACUUGGCCCCCUCCCUGGUGCCGAUGGGGCAGGCCCCACACCCCUGGGCGCUGGCACGGAAUCAGGUCCCACAGUUGGAAAGAAGGGAAAUGCGGCUCUACUGUGCCUGACCCGAGACCGCUGAGGAUGCACCCCGAGCUCAGGGACCGCUUGGUCCCGGGGCCGCCAGGAGAUGUGUAGGCAGCGACCCCCAACAGCAGGCUCACUCCGGCGGCCGCCUGCUAGGGCCACCCUGGCCACGGGCCCGCCGGGACGCCCCUGCAAGCCGCGCCCCUCCCCGGGCCGAGGCUCUUCCCCGGAGCAUCACAGUAUUUCCUUCCUGCACCUUUAAGAAGACCGUUGCUCCGUGGUGGGAUGGUGUGUUAAAGCCACACAGAGGAAGUUACGCAGCCCGGAUCAGACCGGGAGAUAAAAGCCCCGAUGGUGACCGUGAGUGAUGGCAAGAGGAUUUAGCCUCAGCAUUAACUUGGAGCGGAGUGCAGGGGGGCGGUGAGGCGCCCCGCCAUCUGGCCGGCGCCGCGCCAGGGGAAUGCUCGGGCGCCUGGACCAGCAGCGACGAAGCCCACCCGGGCCAGGGACUGAGUGGGGCGCGCGUGCGGGUCCUCCCCUGGCUUCCCAGGGGCCCCCAAAAGUUUUCACUUGUUAGCAGCGAUCUCCCACUCGGCUCAGGGGGCGAUGCGGGCGGCGCGCUUGACCCCCUCCCCUGGCCCGCGUCUCCCGGACGGCUGCGGGCAGGCCCCCUGCCGGCCCCAGGGCUCCCCAGCCCCGAUCUGACGGCGGCCACCGUAGCGGCGGCGCGGGGCAGGAGUCCCCGGCUCUUAGCCCUGCGGCCCGGGAGGCCACCCAGUGCCCGCCAGAGGGUGGCGGUCUCCGACCUCUCGGGGCUCGCUCCGGGAAGCUGCUCCGAGCCGGGGUGUUGCUGCUAAUGAACCCAGUCUCUCUCUUCUCCCUUUACAAUGGAAGCCUAAGCCCAGGUACCUGGAUGGAGCUGGAGCCGAAGUCUCAGGAAUUUCCCAAUAAGUGGCCAAUGGCUACUAGCCAAGGCUGGAGGGCUGCUAUGCGGUCGUGUUGAGCGCAUCACAUAUUAAGGGCCCUUUAAAGACCUGGAUUGAUUGGAAGGACAAAAAUUAAAAGCAAUCCGAUCCAGCCCCAUGCCAGAUCCCUUCGGAUUGCCUCCUUAUCCCAUUUCCAUCCACUGUCACAAUUUGAGAGUCUGCCUGAUUUGAUCAGCUUCACCUCCAGGGGAGGUGUAAUGCCAAGGUUAGGAGGACGCCAAGUUCCAGGCAACUUUUUGAUCUGCCCAUCAGCAGCCUGAGAAACGCUGGCUCUGGAUUUUCCGUAUCGGCCAUUUGGAAAACACAAGCUCCCACCGUUGGCAAACCCACAGUGCUCAAGUCUAUGAUACGUCCCCGCCGCCGUUGCCUGGUAGAUGUGGCAUUUCCAUGCUGAAGCCCCAAGUCCCCCCUGACCCCACCAGCACCUCUCCAGUGCCCCUCUGGGCCCCACCCAGUCUGACUGCGCAGCCAUGCUGCACCUGCUGGCCCUCUUCCUGCACUGCCUUCCGAUGGCCUCUGGGGACUAUGACAUCUGCAAAUCCUGGGUGACCACCGAUGAGGGCCCCUCCUGGGAGUUCUAUGCCUGCCAGCCCAAAGUGAUGCGCCUGAAGGAUUAUGUCAAGGUGAAAGUGGAGCCCUCGGGCAUCACGUGUGGAGACCCCCCUGAAAGGUUCUGCUCCCACGAAAAUCCCUACCUGUGCAGUAACGAGUGCGAUGCCUCCAACCCCGACCUGGCCCACCCACCCCGGCUUAUGUUUGACAGGGAAGAUGAGGGACUGGCCACCUACUGGCAAAGUGUCACGUGGAGUCGCUACCCCAGUCCCCUGGAGGCCAACAUCACCCUCUCGUGGAACAAGAGCGUGGAGCUGACAGAUGACGUGGUGAUGACUUUUGAGUAUGGCCGGCCCACGGCCAUGGUCCUCGAGAAGUCCCUGGACAAUGGCCGCACCUGGCAGCCUUACCAGUUCUAUGCAGAGGACUGUAUGGAGGCCUUUGGCAUGUCCGCCCGCCGGGCCCGAGACAUGUCACCCUCUAGCGCCCACCGGGUGCUCUGCACGGAGGAGUACUCACGCUGGGCAGGCUCCAAGAAGGAGAAGCACGUGCGCUUCGAAGUGAGGGACCGCUUUGCCAUCUUUGCUGGCCCUGACCUGCGCAACAUGGACAACCUGUACACGAGGCUGGAGAGCGCCAAGGGCCUCAAGGAGUUCUUCACCUUCACCGACCUGCGCAUGCGGCUGCUCCGCCCCGCGCUGGGCGGCACCUACGUGCAACGGGAGAAUCUCUACAAGUACUUCUACGCCAUCUCCAACAUAGAAGUCGUCGGCAGGUGCAAAUGCAACCUGCACGCCAACCUGUGCACAGUGCGCGAGGGCAGUCUGCAGUGCGAGUGUGAACACAACACCACGGGCCCCGACUGUGGCAAGUGCAAGAAGAACUUCCGUACACGGGCCUGGCGAGCUGGCUCCUACCUGCCGCUGCCCCAUGGCUCUCCCAAUGCCUGUGCUGCUGCGGGCUCCGCCUUUGGCAGGCAGACCACGCCACCUACUGUUGCCCCCCUUGGUGAUAGCUCCCUCUGGCCCCAGGUGUCCACCAAUGCAGAAGCUGUGCCUAUCUCGGCUGCUGUCCCCUCCCAAGUCAAGGGCUCUACACUUUUCCAGCUCAAGCCCAGAUCUCCUCAAGUGAUACCCAUUGAAGAAUUUCAAGACUGUGAGUGCUACGGCCAUUCCAACCGCUGCAGCUACAUCGACUUCCUGAACGUGGUGACCUGCGUUAGCUGCAAACACAACACUCGAGGCCAGCACUGUCAGCAUUGCCGCCUAGGCUACUACCGCAAUGGCUCUGCGGAGCUGGACGACGAGAAUGUCUGCAUUGAAUGUAACUGCAACCAGAUCGGCUCUGUGCAUGACCGGUGCAACGAGACAGGCUUCUGCGAGUGCCGGGAGGGCGCGGUGGGUCCCAAGUGCGAUGAUUGCCUUCCCACGCACUACUGGCGCCAGGGAUGCUACCCCAACGUAUGCGACGACGACCAGCUGCUCUGCCAAAACGGCGGCACCUGCCUGCAGAACCAGCGCUGCACCUGCCCGCGCGGCUACACCGGCGUACGCUGCGAGCAGCCCCGCUGCGACCUCGCUGACGACGGUGGCCCGGACUGUGAUCGCGUGCCAGGCACCGCCCCGCGCCCCGACACCCUGCUCGGAUGCCUGCUGCUGCUCGGACUCGCCGCCCGCCUGGGCUGCUGAGUCCGCUCUAGGGGUCCGGGAGUCCCGGGCCCGACGGCGACACGGGUGCGGCCGAGCUGCUCCCAGGUGCUACUCGCAGAGUCCUCCAGCCCUCCCUGCUCCGCCCACGCCCACCGGUCCCUUCCGACACUGUCCUUACCGCCAACAGGGGGCGCUGUGGAGCCCUGGCCCGGCGGGCUGCGAUUUUCAGAUUUUUUUUUUUAAUGACCCAACGUCCCUAUAUUUUUCCUUUGUUUCUUUGCUUUCUUCUUCUCCUCAUUCUUCCUCCCCCCCUCUCCCUUUUGCUGGCGGUGAGACAGGGACUGGGGAGAAACGCUGCUCAUCCCAACAUCCGCAGGUUCACACACACACACACACACACACACACACACACACACACACACACCUCUUCCGCACACCCCAGCGCCUGUUUCUGGCUGGCUCCACCAGCCAGCAGACCCGGAACUCCAGUUGCCUACAACUCUAGUCGCUGACUUGAUUCUCUUUUGUAUCUUUUUUCUUUCUUUCUUUUUCUUCUCUCUUUGUUUUUUUGCACUCACCAGACCCCAGGCCCCCAAGGAGGCCUGGAGACAGAGGAACUCACUGUCUGAGGGAUGGGUAGGACAAAGGGCGGAGCAGAAACCUUGUUUUCUAGAGAACUAUUUUGUUUGUAUUCAAGGUCCUUGUGAGGAGGGACUUGGGUGGGAGCUGGUCACCGUGGGUGGCUGAUGGCGUGCAAGCCCACAGUAAAAGGAGUUCACAGCUGCCUCUGCCCUCUUGCUUUCUGUAAUGACAGACACUCCCGAAGGUCUGGAUAAAGAGGGGAACCCACAAAAAAGCCUUAAAGAAACAGUUGCAUACUGGGAGCACUCUUUCCCAAUCUGUCCUCUCCUGG